AUGGCGGGGCCAUGCUCGUGGUCCGGGACCCUGGAGCGCGCCGGCAGCUGCUGGCAGGACCCCCUGGCAGAGGCACUGAGCCCGGGCCGUCCGCCCGCGUUGCCCCCCGGCCGAGGCUGCGCACGGAGCCGGCCGCUCAGCGUGGUCUACGUGCUGACACGGGAGCCACAGCCCGAGGCCGAGACCGAAGGGGGAGCCGAGGCGGAGCCGCUUCCCCUGCGCUGCCUGCGCGAGGCCUGCACACAGCUCCAGGGGCCACGGCCGUCUCCGCAGCUGCGCACCUUGCCCUUCGGGACGUUGGCGCUGGGCGACACUGACGCCCUUGAUUCCUUCUACAACGCGGACGUGGUGGUGCUGGAGGUGAGCAGCUCCCUGGCGCAGCCCUCCCUCUUCUACCACCUGGGUGUGCGAGAGAGCUUCAGCAUGACCAACAACGUGCUCCUCUGCUCUCAGGCAGAACUCCCUGACCUGCAGGCCCUGAGGGAGGAUGUUUUCCAGAAGAACUCGGAUUGUGUUGGCAGCUACACACUGAUCCCUUAUGUGGUGACGGCCACCAAUCGGGUGCUGUGUGGUGAUGCAGGUGUCCUGAGGGGCCUGGCUGAUGGACUGGUGCAGGCUGGGGUGGGCACUGAGGCCCUGCUUACACCACUGGUGGGCCGGCUGGCCCGCCUGCUGGAGGCCACACCCACAGACUCCUGUGGCUAUUUCCGGGAGACCAUUCGGCAGGACAUCCGGCGGGCACGGGAGCGAUUCAGUGGGCAGCAGCUCCGGCAGGAGCUGGCUCGCCUGCAGCGGAGACUGGACAGUGUGGAGCUGCUGAGCCCUGACAUUGUCAUGAACCUGCUGCUCUCCUACCGUGACGUGCAGGACUACACAGCUAUCAUUGAGCUGGUGGAGACGCUGCAGGCCUUGCCCACCUGUGAUGUGGCUGAGCAGCACAAUGUCUGCUUCCACUACACCUUUGCCCUCAACCGGAGGAAUAGGCCUGGGGACCGUGAGAAGGCGCUGGCUGUGCUGCUGCCACUGGUACAGUGUCAUGGCUCUGUGGCACCUGACCUGUACUGCAUGUGCGGCCGUGUCUACAAAGACAUGUUCUUCAGCUCUGGCUUCCAGGACGCUGGGCACCGGGAGCAGGCCUAUCACUGGUAUCGAAAGGCCUUUGAGGUGGAGCCCAGCCUCCACUCGGGCAUCAACGCAGCUGUGCUCCUCAUUGCUGCCGGCCAGUGCUUCGAGGACUCUGAGGAGCUCUGGCUCAUAGGCAUGAAGCUGGGCCGCCUGCUGGCCAGCAAAGGCUGCGUGGAGAAGAUGCAGUAUUACUGGGACGUAGGCUUCUACUUGGGUGCCCAGAUCCUUGCCAAUGACCCCUCCCAGGUGGCGCUGGCUGCAGAACAGCUGUACAAACUCAAUGCCCCCAUAUGGUACCUGGUGUCGGUCAUGGAAACCUUCCUACUGUACCAGCACUUCAGACCCACCCCAGAGCCCCUCGGAGGGGCCCCACGCCGUGCCCACUUCUGGCUUCAUUUCUUGCUGCAGUCCUGCCAGCCAUUUGAGGCCACCUCUCCGCAAGGCAACCAGUGCUUGGUGUUGGUCCUGGAGCUGAACAAGGUGUUGUUACCUGCAAGGCUUGAAGUUCAUGGCACUGACGCAGACCCAGUCAGCGCUGUGACUCUGAGCCUCCUGGAACAAGAGACCCAGGACAUGCCCUCCAGCUGGACCUUCCCGGCUGCCUCCAUCUGCGGCGUCAGCGCCUCCAAGCGGGACGAGCGCUGCUGCUUCCUCUACACGCUUCCCCCGGCUCAGGACGUCCAGCUGUGCUUCCCCACCGUAGGGCACUGCCAGUGGUUCUGCGGCCUGAUCCAGACCUCGGUCACGAAUCCGGAUUCCACGGCACCCGCAGAAGAGGCGGAGGAGGGCGUGAAGGAGGUGCUGGAGUUUGACUACGAAUACUCAGAGACCGGCGAGCGGCUGGUUCUGGGCAAGGGCACGUAUGGGGUGGUGUACGCGGGCCGUGAUCGACACACGAGAGUGCGCAUCGCCAUCAAGGAGAUCCCGGAACGAGACAGCAGGUUCUCUCAGCCCCUGCAUGAAGAAAUCGGUCUGCACAAACGUCUGCGACACAAGAACAUCGUACGCUAUCUGGGCUCAGCCAGCCAGGGUGGCUACCUCAAGAUUUUCAUGGAGGAAGUGCCUGGAGGCAGCCUGUCCUCCUUGCUGCGGUCAGUGUGGGGACCCCUGAAGGACAACGAGAGCACCAUCAGUUUCUAUACCCGCCAGAUCCUGCAGGGACUCAGCUACCUGCAUGACAACCACAUUGUGCACCGGGAUAUCAAGGGAGACAAUGUGCUGAUCAACACCUUCAGUGGGCUGCUCAAGAUUUCUGACUUUGGCACCUCCAAGCGGCUGGCGGGCAUCACACCCUGUACUGAGACCUUCACAGGAACGCUGCAGUAUAUGGCCCCAGAGAUCAUUGACCAAGGCCCACGAGGGUAUGGGAAGGCGGCUGACAUCUGGUCAUUGGGCUGCACUGUGAUUGAGAUGGCCACAGGUCACCCACCCUUCCAUGAGCUAGGGAGCCCACAGGCUGCCAUGUUUCAGGUGGGCAUGUAUAAGGUGCAUCCACCAAUGCCCAGUUCUUUGUCAGCUGAGGCCCAAGAUUUCCUCCUCCAAACUUUUGAACCAGACCCCCGCCUCCGAGCCAGUGCCCAGGCUCUACUGGGGGACCCUUUCCUGCAGCCUAGGAAGAGAAGCCGCAGCCCUGGCUCUACCCACCAUGCUCCACGGCCCUCAGAUGUCCCUUCAGCCAGCUCCACUCCCUCAGCUGACUCCACCACCAAGUCCCAGACAUUCCCAUGCCCUCAGGCACCGUCUCAGCACCUGCCCAGCCUCCCAAAGCGUUGCCUCAGUUACGGGGGCACCAGCCAGCUCCGAGUGCCUGACGAUCCCGGGGCCGAGGAACCCGCAUCCCCCGAGGAGAGUUCGGGGCUGAGCCUGCUGCACCAAGAGAGCAAGCGCCGGGCCAUGCUGGCCACGGUGCUGGAACAGGAGCUGUCUGCGCUGGCAGACGGGCUGAGCCUGGAGCAGGAACAGGGUCCUCGGCUUGGCAGAAACCAGGUAGAACAGCUACUGCGCUGCCUCCGGGCGCAUAUCCACACUCCCAACCGCCGGCAGCUGGCCCAGGACCUGCGGGCGCUGCAAGGACAGUUGAGGAACCAGGGCCUUGGGCCUGAACUUCUUCAUGGACCACUCUUUGCCUUCCCGGAUGCGGUGAAGCAGAUCCUCCGCAGGCGCCAGAUCCGCCCACACUGGAUGUUCGUGUUGGACUCACUGCUUAGUCGCGCUGUGCGAGCAGCCCUGGCUGUGCUAGGUCCGGAGGUGGAGAAGGAGGCAGUCUCCCCGCUAUCAAAGGAACCGAGUAAAGAAAAGGGGUACCAGGAGGAGCAACAGGGGACACUUGUUCAGCAGAGCCCACUUCUGAAGGAGCCUGAGCAUGGACUUCCACCUCUGAUGGUGCAGCUGGGCUUCUUGCAAGCAGAGACUAAUAGGCUUCGAACUGUCCUCGCUGAAAAGGAACGAGAGUGCCAGGCCCUGAUGCAAUGGGUUCUACAGCAGGUGGAUGGGGAUGCUAGGACCCAGGCCCUGGCCCCUGAGCCCCCAGCUGCUUUCCCAGUGGACCAGGGCCUGGUGCAGUGGCUGCAGAAACUGACUGUGGAUUCUGGCACCAUCCAGACGUUGCUGAACCACAGCUUCACCCUCCACGCCCUGCUCACCUGUGCCACUAGAGAUGACCUCAUCUACACUGGCAUCAGGGGAGGGAUGGUGUGCCGUAUCUGGAGAUCCAUCUUGGAGCAUCGAGCAGGAGCCAGGCCAGGCAUCCCCGGCCUCCAGGAGACUGAAUAA